UCAUAUUACCCUCAUGCAGAGAGGCCAACCAAUCAAGUGCGUACACAUUCCCUGGUAGGGUUAGAUACCCGGCUUUGUAUGGUGUCUAAGCCACGUCUGGAACAGAAAAGGUAUAAUCAUUUUCCGAAAUGAAUUUGACCAAGACUAUGUUGCUCUCUGUUCUUUGUGCGGCUCUUAUCUUUGGAAUUGCUGACGCCUGGAACUGUGAUAAUCAUCCAGGAAAGAAUGGAACACCCUGUGCAUCCGAUGAUAAUUGUUGCUCCACUGUCUGUUUGCCUAGCGUACCAAAAGAACCUAAUCAGUGCCAAGGUGAUGUCUGCAAAGCUAAGAAACUUGAUGGUAAACCCUGUAAGGUCAAAAGUGACUGUUGCUCUUACGUCUGUGGAAGGAAACUGACGGAAAAUGGAGAAGUAAAAGUGAGGAUAGAGAAAGUUGGACGAGAGGAAGUGAGGAAAAAUGAGCUGAGAGUAAUUAUUCGAAAUUGGGAGACGAGAGGGGAAGUAGAAGAAAUCCAGAUUAUUGAAGAGAGAGAAAAUUAG